GUUGGACCCAGGCACAAGUGAUGCAGUCCCAGAUGCUGAGUUAUGCGCGACAUCCCUGGACUGGUGAGUAGUGAUUUCUUUUCUGCUAGACCACCUAUCGCUAUCAACUUCGCAACUGGACUUAGCGGGCAGCCAACCAAGUCUCCCCUAAAGAAAAAUUGGUCGACAUUGGAUCAAUCAUGGCUCUGCUCCUUGACUGCCUUGGCCUUUAUUGGCAGCAACCGAGAUUUAGUACGUCACGCGGAAGGCGCAACAACCACAGCGCUCCUGCCACGAACAGUGCCCCCGACGCUCUGAUUCAGCGGAACCCGGCGCUCGUUGAUUCAAGCCUUUCGCCUUGAACGAGUGCCUGAGGUCCUCCGAAUACCACCUUCUCUCUUGACCUCAAUCCAAGGCCCGCGGACCUGCAAGAAACAACAGCCACCGUUACGACCUUCGUCACCCAGGCUCUAACCACCAGACACAAUGUCGUCAAAGUCAUGGUACAUGCUCAAGAUGAAGUCAGUACCCGCAAGAUAUGGCUUGUCGAGGAACAUCCAGACCCUGCUUCAGGCGCUCGACAAGUUCUACACAGGGAGCAUUGAUGCCACCGAGCUGGGUCGCCUCGUUCGCCUUAGCCCAAAGCGACGAUCUGCGAUUGCCGAUACCAUUUCGAAGUGCGCCGACAUGAUCAAGAGGGAGCCCGAAGAACUCAAGACAUGCGUCGACAUCAUCGAGAUGUGCACGGAGAUUCUUGAGAUUGCAGACCGACCAGUCCCAAGCCAAGGCUUCCCAUUCAUGAGACUACCUAUGGAGAUUCGAGAUACAAUCAUGGACCUCAUGAUCGACAAUGUCUUCCGAGCAAAGGGAAUCAAACCUGCAACCAAGAGAAUCACAUGCAACUGUCCGAAGAUCGAGCGAGACUUUUUUCUUCAGACACCACAGAUGAAGGCACUACCAUCACUUCUCGGACCGGCACUCAACCGCGAGUUCUUCCGCAUCUUCUUCCGCAAGAAGAGCGUCCGUUUUCGAUGCUGCUGUGAGAUGCUGAACCACCUCCAGCACAACGGGCAGCUACUCCGUAAUGUCCGCCAGAUCAAGGUCCAUUGGUGCGGCCCAGAAUCUGCAACCGCCUUCAAGAAGCUGUCUGAGUGUACCAAACUGGAGGGCCUGGCACUCAGCAUCUCCAAGUCAACCCUGGCGCACCUGAGCGAAAGAACGGACCUGAUGAAAUCAUACUUUCCGCUUAUUUACCGGAAUAUCCGAAUAACAGAUGUCCUGGGGUUAGAUGAACUCUUGGGUCUCCGGGGUCUGCAGGAAGUGUCGGUCCAACAUGCUCAGACCAAGAACGCGAAUCUUACGGUUGAGAUGGACAGGGCCAAUCUGGCGGAGCUUCUGUCGACUCUGCUAAAGCAACCGAAGGAGGAAGACAACAUGUCGGUUGAGGAGUGAUUGGUAUUCAGGCGCACAAGAAUCGACACGGAACCAAGUUUUGUCAUAUGGUAGUUGUAUCACAUACGAGCUGGACAGGCAUCACAAUUCACU